UCAAUUCCACCUGUUUCGUGACUUCUCAACUCCCUUUAUCAUCUUUCUCUACGAUACACAAUGGCCGAUUCUUUGACUGAAGAGCAGGUCUCCGAAUACAAGGAGGCGUUCUCCCUCUUUGACAAGGAUGGCGAUGGGCAAAUCACCACUAAGGAGCUGGGUACGGUCAUGCGCUCCCUCGGCCAGAACCCCUCGGAGUCCGAGCUUCAGGAUAUGAUCAACGAGGUCGAUGCCGACAACAAUGGCACUAUCGAUUUCCCAGAGUUCCUUACCAUGAUGGCCCGCAAGAUGAAGGAUACGGAUUCAGAGGAGGAGAUUCGGGAGGCUUUCAAGGUCUUUGAUCGUGAUAACAACGGUUUCAUUUCGGCCGCCGAGCUGCGCCACGUGAUGACCUCGAUCGGCGAGAAGCUCACCGAUGAUGAGGUCGACGAGAUGAUCCGCGAGGCAGACCAGGAUGGCGAUGGCAGAAUCGACUAUAACGAGUUCGUCCAGCUGAUGAUGCAAAAAUAAACGCCUGUUAGUCGAUGACUCUUUAUAUUUCGCUGCUUCCGUAUCUCCAAGUUUCGCUCGUUGAAAUCCAAUCCCUAUAUCUCCAAAUACCAACUUGUGCCGCGGAAACCUCUGACGAGUUUUUUUUUUUUUAA